CUGCCCCCGCGGGGCGGGGUCUCCGCGGCCUGACCGUGACCGCAGCCGGCCGCCGGCCUGACCCCGCGCUGCUCCGCCGGGAACAGCGGCCCCGGAGCGCGUGGGCCCCGCACAAAUAGGCGGUGGAGCCCGGCCGCCUCGUGACCCCGUGGGGGCCGGAGUCCUGAUGGCAGCAGAGCCACUGACGGAGCUGGAGGCGGCCAUUGAGACGGUGGUCACCACCUUCUUCACCUUCGCGGGGCAGGAGGGCCGGAAGGGCAGUCUCAGCAUCAAUGAGUUUAGGGAACUGGCCACUCAGCAGUUGCCUCACUUGCUCAAGGAUGUGGGCUCCUUAGAUGAGAAGAUGAAGAGCUUGGAUGUGAAUCAGGACUCUGAGCUCAAGUUCCACGAGUACUGGAGACUGAUAGGGGAGCUGGCCAAGGAGAUCCGGAGGGAGAGGGCCCUGGAGACGCAGAAGAAGUAAAGCUCCUGAGCAGGAUAGUGCUUGGCAGGGCCGGCAGGGCAGAGCCCCCUCGCACCGAAAAGCCUCUUCCUUGAAACACCCUCUCCUCUUUCUGCUCUUGGAAGUAGACAGUGGGAAAGUUCUGUCUUGACCCAAGAGUGGGUCCAAAAGUUAUGACCUUUUGGGGCUCCUGGGUGGCUCAGUUGGUGAAGCAGCUGCCUUCGGCUCAGGUCAUGAUCUCAGGGUCCUGGGAUCGAGCCCUCCAUCAGGCUCCCUG